AUGCACAGCCUUCUUCCGCUCCUUCUCCUCGGCUGGUGGUGUCUCCGCCUCACCGCAACAACUAACGCCGACAACCUCAAGUUCUACAUCGGCACCGAGUGCUCGAAUAACAUGAACUACACGAGCGGCAGCGCGUUCCAGGCCAACCUCGACGCGAUCCUCUCCUCCCUCCCAGACGCCGCAGCCGCGUCCUCUGGGUUUGCCGAGAACACCACCGGCGCCGCCGCGCCGGACAAGGCGUACGGCCUCGCUCAGUGCCGUGGCGACGUUGGCGCGUCGGACUGCCGCUCCUGCCUCAACGACACGGCGCAUGAGAUGGCCAGCAAGUGCCCGGGCCAGAAGAACGCCAUGCUCAUCUACGAAGGCUGCAUGCUGCGCUACUCCAACGCCAGCUUCGACCCCUACACGUUCAACCUGAUCUUCCAGUGGGCGAGCGACGAGAACGUGACGCAGCCGGAGCGGUUCAUAUCGCUGCUCGGCGUGCUGAUGAGCAACCUCGUCAGGGAGGCCGCCUACGGGUCCCCGCGCAGGUUCGCAGCCGGCGAGGUCCAGCAAACAAGUUUCGUGACGCUCUAUGGCUUGGCCCAGUGCACGCGGGACACAAGCGCGGCAAACUGCAAGCUGUGCCUCGCCAUUCUUGUCGAUAAGAUCCCCAAGUGCUGUAAUGGGAAGAAGGGCGGCCGGCUCUUCUCGCCGAUCUGCCAGCUCCGGUUCGAGAUUUACCCGUUCUACGACCCCCUGGCCGCCCAGGCGGCCAUGUCACCAGCGCCGGCGCCACGAAGUGGGCCAGUCAACGGCAGCGACCUUCCCGGCCCACAAAACACUGGAAGUAAUAGCACAGUCAGGACAGCACUUAUUAUUGUUUCGAUUCUUGCUGCUGUCAUGCUGCUGCUGCUGCUGCUGUUUGUUGCUGCCUACGGCUGCAAGAAGAAUAGAAAACCAUACAAGCACGUGCAGAUAGUAAGAGACGGACAUGGGGCUGAAGAAGAAGAAAUGAGAAGUUCAGAACCUCUCACAUACGACCUGAGUACUCUGCGAGCUGCAACUGACAACUUUUCAGAGGAAAAUAAGCUCGGGGAAGGAGGGUUUGGGCCAGUCUACAAAGGUACCCUACCAGAUGGGCAGGUGAUUGCAGUGAAGAGACUCUCCAGAACUUCGAAACAAGGGCAUGUGGAGAUGAAGAACGAGGCUGUCCUAGUUGCAAAGCUCCAGCACAAGAACUUGGUGCGGCUUCUGGGCUGCUGCAUCGAGGAAGACGAGAAGCUCCUUAUCUAUGAGUUCCUCGUCAACAAGAGCCUCGACAAGAUCCUUUUUGGUGCUCGCUUGACCAUAAUCCUUGCAUGUCAGGCCACUCGGUCCUUUUGUUUACUGAUGAGUGAACUCAACUUUCAGAUCCUAUAA